UACACCACGAGUAGCUCAAAGACCACGCCUUAGCGGAACAUCAGUCUCUUCCCUUUGUUCUUUGAGAGCCAAAUAGGCUACUCUGUGUCAAUAUGACGCGCAACAUUCGCCGCGAAGCUCUCGAGAAGCUUGCGCAGCUAUCCGUCCCAACGACAUCGAACAAGCCGACGAAGGAUAGCUUCACGAAGUUAUAUCAGCGAUGCCCGAGCCUAUCUAAGGCAAAUGGAAGCGCAAAUUCGCAAGAUGGCAUUUCUGUGGCCGGCGUCCGAAUGAGAGUUACCGAACUGGAAACAAUCCUGGCACUUUGUAAGGCGGCACCCUUCGUUGAACCGUCAGAGGUGGCUGCCGAGCUCCUCAAUCGUCUUGCCCCAUACCUACCCGAAUCUUACGCCCAAGUACUGUCACCAUCACCAAACCUCCGCGAUAUCGACCCCUCUCCGUAUGAGGUUUUGACUGGAAGCCUGGCAUCGGCAAUCUUGUCAAUCGGUGUUCGCCACGAGAGCCUGCGACCUCAGGUUUAUGCGACGAUUGUAAAAUAUAUCAAAGGAUGGUCGAAAGCUGCUGCUGAACUCUCCGCGGAUCAAUUCGAUCAUGAUGACCGUGUUGACUUUGCGGCCGAUGGGGAGUUGGCGCGUGUCAUGACGCAGAGCAUGUCAUUGCUGGGAUUCCUGAAUGCAACGGCCGAAUUUGCGGGCUUUUGGAAUUCUUAUGAGAGACUCCAGAUGGUUGAGGAAAUCCGCGCAGCAUUGUCAGAGCAAUACUUGAUCGCAUUCGAGGCAGCAUUGUCGGUGGUCCGCAACGCACGCUCUCACCAACAUGGACUCAGGGAAUGGAAACGUUAUGCGAAACACUAUGCGGCAAUCGGCAGGCCGCUUGGUGCCAUGAUUUUGCAUGAUGCCUUGCUGAAGGUUGUUGUUGCUUCGGCUUCUAUGCUUGUAGAGACACCAGAUCGCAACCCUCAGGAUUCUGUGCUAGUCCAUCUGAGUUCACAAUUUAACAGUAGCCAAUUCGUCCGGUCUGCUUCCGAAAGUGCUUUAGCAGAGGGGUUGACUCAAAUCUCUAUAGAAGAGAUGGAACGCCUAGAGAACGACUUAGACUACCUCCAACGCGUUGGGUCCCCUUGGCAGCAAAAGCAAGCGUCCGCCGUCAAAGCUAAAGUCAUUACGACUUACUUGUGCUGCACUGUCUAUGAUGAGGAUAUAGCGGAAUCCGACCUGUUGAUGUCCUGGUUGGAUCGAGCGUUGAAUGAUCCGGCGCAGGCCUCAGAUGAGGUAUUAGCAUCAACCGUCUUACGAUCAAUGGCAAUCUUAGCAAAGGUGGACACUUCGCUGGCCUCCAAUCUAGGCCGCACACUUCCACGAGCUAUUGUCCAAGGAGGCCUAGACCACAGGACAUCCAACGUUGCUGCAGAGAGCCUGGCUUCAGUACUAAGCCUUUUGCCACAGGAUGCUAUCAUUACAACAUUGUACAGUCUUGGGAACGUGAUCAGCGCCAGUGCGGUGCCCGAUCGUGAAACCGCAUCCCCUGCUCUGAAUGGGACUGGCAAGGCAUCGAGAAAUACCAUAUACAACGAUCACAAUGCCGGAAGUGCGAUAUCCCUGACGCCAAGCGAUGUAGAGGAACCCAAUCACGUUCAAGUCUUGGUUGUUCAAGCAGUGGUGGCCGUGGCCAGAAGCUGCAAGGACGAAAAGAUAACUGCGCUUGCGCUCUCAAUGCUCAUCCAGAAAAUUGGCCGAGCAGACAAAGCCGUAGAGGCCAAGAUCAUCACUGACACUGCACUUCUUGGUAUCCAUAGUGCGCCAGGUGAAUUCCGAGCAUUGCUCAAAAUUUACUCCAAACUCUCCCACGACGCUUUGGUCAAAAACGAUCCGAGCAUGCUUGAAGCUGUGAUGAACGCUCGAUUGUCUCUGUCCAGAGACAUCAAUCCUACAUCCCCGGUCUUCGAAGCUUAUCUGGUCCAUCUACUCGACACUAUAGUGAGCAAGGGCGAUGCACACGAUGCUACGAAUCUUCACCUCCGUGAUAGCGAACUUGCUGCACAAGAGAUAGCACAGCUUCUGCUACCUCUGGCAACUUUGGUCUCUAGGGGUGCCGCCAACCCCGAGGCAAUUGAGCUUGAUGAUUCUAUUAUAAAUCUCCAACGAGAUGCUUGGUUUAACAUUGUUGUACAUGGGUUUGAUCUCACGACUGAUCUAGGGAAAAAACACAUCAGCGAGCUCAAGACGCUAGCGCGAGUUAGCCAACCUCUAAUUGCUGAAGAAAGGGCCACUCUUGUGGAGAGCGACAUAGAGCUGAACACCAUCCUUCGACGAGGCAAGUCUCAAGAGCAUACUGUCGAGCAAAAGAAGCAUUUGUCACAGUUGUUACCAACCUGCGAGGCGGAUAUCAGGUCUCUUAGUUAUUCCGAGGCCGUCUUCCUUAACACAGCCUACUUGGUAGAAGAGCUUCGUGCUGAAUCAGGCGAUUGUACCAAGGCAUUGGCGUAUUUCCUCGAUCCGAAAUUACGCAGUGGCGCAGUUGGCAAUUGCAUGUUCGCAAUUGCUACAGGUGCAACGAGAACUUACGUCUCGAGGACACUUUCUGGCCAGAUACACCAAUUCUCGACACCAUAUCUUGCUCAGCAGCUUGCAACGAUAUUUGCAGGAUGCUGCCAUCGAAUCGCUAGAGUGCAGCAGACAGCGACAGCGUGUGCAGAGAUCAUUAUUCGCGAUGUUCCCUCCACUCUCUGUCAAAAGACAGCCCUUUUUGCCCUAUUGGAGCUCCUCUCGAUCAUGUGGUCUAGCUGUCUCGAGGGAGAGACUGAUGAAUACGGAUGGACGUCCACAUUCAAGUCUCGAAGAUCAAACAUUGUUGUGGAACUUUCCGACGACUACGAUUUUCGUACAACUACUCUAGCCAACUUCCACAAGCGUGCUUCAUUAUGGGUGAAGGGUGUUCUAGAUAUUGCGCCACUUGACAUCAAGGGCUUGUUACAGACUUAUCUUUCAGAGUACGAUGACGAAGGCGUCUAUGGUCAUAUAUCACUUGGCCGUUCAUUUGCACUAGAGAUGGGAUCAGUUAUACCAGCCACAGACCAACGCUUGGGUGCCAUUGAACCCCAGAAAGGGUUUAGUAUCAACACCGCUUCUGACUUUGUUGCGCAAUAUACCACUCGACAGGAGUACAAGUUUAUCGAUGGUUUGAACGAUCAAGAAGAAGAAUGGCUCAGACUUGACCAGAAUUCCACCCGUCGAAGCGAGAACUUUGCGUUCAAGCGAAGUAUCGAAGACGCGACAAAUCUCCUCCUUGACCUGGAGAGCCGAACCCUUGGCCACAAGCACGUCACCAUUGCCGAACUGAGAGAUAUUCUUCGAAGGGCUGCUGCACUAUUGUGCAGGGUCAAGACCGACCAAACGCCAAUUGUCCAACACUUAGUUGGUAUUCCUUUUGCAGUUUUGUCAAAGCAGUCAAUCAAACUUGGGAUAUCGCUCUGGAUGAGCGUCAUUAAGGAAAAUCCCCGCAUGGAGUCUAGGAUUCUCGUCGCCAUUGCUGAAUGUUGGGAAACCACCGUUCGAAUGCGCAAGGGAAUCUUCAGCGACACUCUCAGGCAUGCGGAUCCGUUCUUUGGCAAGCAAGAGUUUGCCCCAACGAACAAGGAAGAACUUUCAAAACGCCAACAACAGAUCUACAAUCUCAUUGCACCUCAUUUCCGACUUGUGCAAUUUUUGUCAAGCCAUUUCAGCGCUACAAGACUUGGCAAUCCAGAUGUCGAGCGAGUGUAUAAUCGAAUGAUGCAUAUUACAUUGGAUGCAAUGGCAGCCGGAUGUCGCCAGCCCCUUGCACGAGAGGCAUAUUUGCAUGUUGUUCUGCUUGGCCUUCGACUUGUACGCCAUUGUACUACGCUUCCUAACGCGAUAAAAUGGAGAUUGAAGGAUCGUAUCUUGACAGCUGGUCUGGCAUGGUUUGCUAAAGCUCCCGAAUGGUCUUUUGGAGGCAACCGGCUUCAGAUCAAGGCUGAAACGCAUGUUCUAUCCGACAUUCAAACACAGCUGCAGGUUGUUGCGAGUGUUGGGGCAACGGCGGAGCAGUCAUUGAAGUCGCUGAAGGCCAAGCAAGAGCUGUUGUCACUUUUAUUGGCUAACGAACAGACACGUCUCAUGGUUUGGCUAUUCCCAUUGAACUACGAGAAGAAGCAUCAUUUUACCUCUGGGCAACACAGCAGAACACUCACGGAUGCUACUGUCACCGCGCAUCUGAAGACAGCAUGGGCUGACAAUCCGAGUGUCGCGGUGCACCUAGUACAACGCUUCCAAUCUACUCGACUCAAUCAGGAGGUUCGUUGGCAGUUGCUCAACUUUCCACACAGAGUUCUAGAUGAACCAGAUGCUCUUGAGAUUCUACUCGAUAAUCAACUACCGAGUGACGUAUCCUUUCAACUCAAAUACUUGAUGUACUGGGCACCUGUAAACCCCAUCACUGCGGUGACAUACUUCCUUCCCGCAUAUGGAAACCAUCCAUUCAUCAUUCAAUAUGCCAUGAGAGCACUUGAGAGUCACUCUGUGGAUGUUACAUUCUUCUAUGUUCCCCAGAUCGUACAGACUCUUCGAUAUGACGUCCUCGGGUAUGUGGAGAGGUACAUCAUCGAAACCGCCAAAUUCUCGCAGUUAUUCGCCCACCAGAUCAUCUGGAACAUGAAGGCCAAUGCUUUCAAGGACGAGGAUUCCCAAAUUCCGGAUCCAGUCAAACCAACACUAGACAAAGUCAUGGCCAGCCUUGAGUCGAGUUUCUCUGAAGAGGAUAUGGAGUUUUACGAGCGUGAAUUCUCGUUCUUCAAUGAAGUCACCGGUGUAUCCGGCAAACUGCGUCCAUUUGUCAAGAGCCCCAAGCCUGAGAAGAAACAGAAGAUUGAAGAGGAGCUCCGCAAGAUUCAGGUCGAAGUUGGUGUUUACCUGCCAAGUAACCCCGACGGAAUUGUGGUUGGCAUCGACCGAAAAUCUGGAAAGCCCCUCCAGUCUCAUGCAAAGACACCUUAUAUGGCAACAUUCCGCAUGAGAAAGCAAAGGAAAGAUGAUGAUCACGAAGGCAUUGCAUCCGACCAAGAGAGUCGUUCCUCCAAGCAGAACACUUACGAAUUUUGGCAAUCCGCCAUCUUCAAGGUCGGCGAUGAUUGCCGACAAGACGUUCUUGCACUCCAGAUGAUAGCAGCCUUCCGUGGUAUUUUCAACAACGUCGGCCUCGACGUUUGGGUAUACCCAUAUCGCGUAACGGCCACAGCGCCAGGCUGCGGUGUCAUUGACGUGCUUCCCAAUUCCAUUUCUCGUGACAUGCUCGGUCGCGAAGCCGUCAACGGCCUUUACGAUUACUUUGUUUCCAAGUACGGCGGCGAAGAGUCCAUUCGCUUCCAAGAAGCUCGAAGCAACUUUGUCAAGAGCAUGGCCGCCUACAGCGUCAUCUCAUUCCUCCUACAGUUCAAAGAUCGCCACAACGGUAACAUUAUGAUUGAUGACGCGGGUCACAUCAUCCACAUCGACUUUGGUUUCUGCUUCGACAUUGCCCCUGGAGGUAUCAAGUUCGAGCGUGCGCCGUUCAAACUCACCACCGAGAUGAUUGCCGUAAUGGGCGGCUCGCAAUCGUCGCAGGCAUAUCGAUGGUUCGAAGAACUCACCGUCAAGGCGUUCAUUGCUUCGCGUCAGCACGCUGAGCACCUCAUCCACAUCGUCGAGGUUAUGCUUGACAGUGGGUUGCCAUGCUUCAAGCCGGAGACGAUUCAACACUUCAGGGAGAGGUUCGUUCUGGAGAAGAGUGAGAGGGAGGCCGGCGAAUUCAUGAAGGAGUUGGUGAAGAAGAGCGCAGGAAGCUACAGCACUGGUGGCUACGAUCGAUUCCAGUUGCUUACCAACGGUAUUCCUUUCUAAACAAGCAAGGAUCUGAAGGGAGAGCAGUUUAGUAUAUAGUAAUUGGACAGAGAAUGGGGUCUUCAGUGUAUAUUCACAGGGGACUGAGACCAGCUUUAAUUAACAAAUUCUCAUUAAUUGAUUUCUGACACUUGAUGUUUGAUUCGGC